AUGAAAGAACCCAAUUGGUCAGACAACACUUAUCCAUCCAUCAAUCCUGAAGUUUUGCUCAAGAAGGGGUAUGUAAUAGAGUGUGAUUGGUGGUCUCUUGGGGCAAUCAUGUAUGAGAUGCUUGUUGGAUAUCCUCCAUUCUGUUCUGAUGAUCCAAGGAUGACCUGCCGGAAGAUUUUGAAUUGGAAAGCAUGCCUGAAAUUCCCCGAAGAACCCAAGAUAUCAGCUGAAGCUAGGGAUCUCAUAUGUAGCUUAUUAUGUGAUGUUGACACAAGACUAGGAACAAGGGGAGUAGACGAAAUAAAGAUACUAGAUCUUCUAAAGUACGUGCUUUGGUUUCCACAAGCAGCUGAAGCUAUAAGCCAAGGUUUAUUGUGUAAUAAUUAUGGUCUGGUUUAG